AUGACUUAUACGCUGCAAUUACACCAAAUUCAUCAAGAAGAAUUCACCAAGUCCAUCACUCACCCGCUAACUAAUGAGCUCUGUGCUGGUACCUUGUCAGAUACCGCUCUUUAUGUCUAUCUUAAGCAAGAUCUCAAAUUUUUCUUAGAAGGACUUCGAGUUUUCGGUAAGGCAAUUGCUUUAUGUGACAACGAGGUUGCUAUAUUGACGCUUGGGAAACAAAUCGGGUUCAUUUGUAACGAUGAAAACGACUAUUUUCGAAAAGCCAUCUCUGAAAUCGAAUCACAUAAUUUGCAGCAAUUGAAAAAGGAAUGUCCAAGUAUGCUAGGAGAAGCACCAGCGCUCCCUGAGGUUCAGAAGUAUAUUAACUUGCUCGAAGAUAUCAGCAACAACUGCAAAUCUUAUGCUGAAGUGAUAACUUUUUUGUACAUCAUGGAGAAGGUGUAUCUUGGUUGGGCCGAGCACAACUAUGAAACUGAAAUUAUUAAAGAUUCUCUUCCCUACAAGUACAUGGAAUGGAUCAAAUUGCAUAGUGGAAACGAUUUUUCAGCAUGGGUAAAGUUUUUGGAAGAUGAAGUGAAUCGAGUCACCACCACUGACGAAAACCAAAGACUCAGUGAGGCGGUUUUCGUGAAAGCAAUUGAUUUGGAAAUUGCCUUCUUCGAUGCAUGCCACAGGUAUAGAGAAUAG